AUGGGUCUCAAUGUAGGCAACUCACUGACGAGUCGGUUUUUGCACAUCGCGGUUCCAUGUAAGCUUUACAAGCACAAUGAGAAUGUCUGGCAUGCAUUGGCCAGUCGCAUCGGCCAUGCGUACUGGAAGCUUGCGCACGAGGGCUUCGAAUACAAUGGACAGACUUGGUAUGCAUGUUGCGUUGGCUUGACUGGAGACGCGCCGUAUCUUUCAAAGGCAGGCUGCCUGGAAAGAAAUUACGCCAGGGUGUCCAAGACCACAGGGGCGCGGGCGAAGGCUGGCAUAUGCUUUGAGUGCAUGGCGGGCAGCAGUGAUGGUACAACCGAGAUUCCUUUCGAAGACCUCAGCUUCAAACCCAAAUGGCGCGAGACCGAAAGCUGGGCACCGCUGCCGUGGAAGCGCGACCCUCCUUUCUUGACUGCGCUACAAGAUCUUCGCCCAGAGAUGCUGCAGUACGACUCUCAACUGAAAGAUGACAUUUGGCACAAUUUCCAUGGUGGAAUGGGAAAGUUGUUUGUUGCAAGCUGUGUGGCUGAGCUUUUGCCUGCCUUGCGCGAGCAAGGCAAAGUAGAUGAGAACCUGGAGGCUCUACACGAGCAUUACUGCGCGUGGUCACGCUCUCCUGCUGGUCUUCGCCUUCACUACAGCAAGUUUGACAAAGAUACCUUUGGGUUGGGUUCAAACAUGACCUGUCCGACAGGAGCUUGGAACAAGUUUGCUGACACGAGGGUGUUUUUAGCCUGGCUUGAAAGCUUCCUCGCCUCUGACAAAUUCGUGCCGUCGGCUAUCACAGAUGAGAUGGUGCGAGCAACAAAGGAGAUCAACCGCUGCUUUUCUCUCCUGUACAGGUCAGGUGUUUGGUUGACGAAAACAGAGGCCAGCACGGCUGGCAAUCAUGGAAUGCAGUUCUUGCAUUCAUACGCGAGACUUGCCCAUUACACGCUGCAGCAAUCCAGGAUUCGUUUCGCAAUGGUUCCGAAGGUGCAUUUUACGCACCACCCAAUGUUGGGCAUGCUUGAAUCGGCGGCCAAGAGAACUUGGACCGUCAACCCACUAACUUUUUCCGUUCAGCUAGACGAAGAUCUGGUAGGACAAGUUUCCCGCAGUUCGCGUAGAGUAGGGAGUGUCAAGCAAAUGGAGCGGACCAUAGGUCGCUGGAAGAUAGCUGCUUGGCUGGCCAUGGAAGGCCACUGA